GAGCGCUUCGCAAGUCUUGCGGCUGCGGGCGGAGCCGAAACCUGAGCGCUGUCCGCGGGUCCCUCUGCCCGGCCACCGCGCACUCCUGCCGAGCCCGAGCCCAGCAUGCGCCCCCCAAGCUUCGGGGACUUCUGGCUGCUGCUGCCGCCCCUGCUUGUCGCCGGGCUGUCGGCCGGGCCGCCGCAGAGCUUCUCGCCCUCUCUCAGGAGCUGGUCGGGCGCCCCCUGCAGGCUGUCCCGGGCGGAGUCCGAGCGCCGCUGCCGAGCACCUGGGCAGCCCCCGGGCACCGCCCUGUGCCAUGGCCGGGGCCGGUGCGACUGCGGCGUCUGCAUCUGCCACGUGACCGAGCCAGGCACGUACUUCGGGCCGCUGUGCGAGUGCCACGAGUGGGUCUGCGAGACCUACGACGGGAACACCUGCGCAGGCCACGGGACUUGUGACUGCGGCAAGUGCAGAUGUGACCUGGGAUGGUCUGGGGACGCUUGCCAGUAUCCAACCAACUGUAACCUCACGAAGAAAAAAAGCAACCAAAUGUGCAAGAAUUCUCAAGAUCUCAUCUGCUCCAAUGCAGGUACAUGCCUCUGUGGCAGGUGUAAAUGCGAUGACACGGGUGGAAACGGCCUCGUUUAUGGUAAAUUUUGUGAGUGUGACGACAGAGAGUGUGUAGAUGAUGAAACAGAAGAAAUUUGUGGAGGCCAUGGGAAGUGUUACUGUGGAAACUGUUACUGUGAGGCUGGUUGGCAUGGAGAUAAAUGCGAGUUCCAGUGUGACAUCUCCCCCUGGGAAAGCAAGCGAAGAUGCACGUCUCCGGAUGGCGCAGUCUGCAGUAACAGAGGGACUUGUGUGUGUGGUGAGUGUUCCUGCCAUGAUGUGGAUCCCACUGGAGACUGGGGAGACAUUCACGGGGACACCUGUGAGUGCGACGAAAGAGACUGCAGAUCUGUUUAUGACCGAUAUUCUGAUGACUUCUGCUCAGGUCACGGGCAGUGUAACUGUGGAAGAUGCGACUGCAAAGCUGGCUGGCAUGGGAAGAAGUGUGAACACCCCCGGUCCUGUCCACUGUCUGCCGAAGAGAGCUUCAGGAAGUGUCAGGGCAGCUCAGCCCUGCCUUGCUCGGGAAGGGGCAAAUGCGAAUGUGGUAAGUGCACCUGCUACCCACCUGGGGACCACAGGGUAUAUGGCAAGACCUGCGAGUGUGACGAUCGUCGCUGUGAGGACCUGGAUGGUGUGGUGUGUGGAGGUCAUGGCACGUGUUCCUGUGGUCGCUGUGUUUGUGAGCGAGGCUGGUUCGGCGAGCUCUGCCAGCAUCCGCGGAAAUGCAACCUGACAGAGGAGCACAGCAGGAGCCUGUGUGAGUCCGCAGACGGCACACUGUGCUCGGGGAAGGGUUCUUGUCACUGUGGAAAGUGCAUUUGUUCUGCAGAAGAGUGGUACAUUUCGGGGGAAUUCUGUGACUGCGAUGACAGGGACUGCGACAAGCAUGAUGGCCUCACUUGCACAGGGAAUGGAAUAUGUAACUGUGGAAACUGUGAAUGCUGGGAUGGAUGGAAUGGAAAUGCAUGUGAAAUCUGGCUUGGCACAGAAUAUCCUUAAUAAUUCCAUGGGACAGAAUGGGAUUCUUAUCUUCUUAGAACACUAGAACAUAUAAAUACAAAAGAAACCGUGUAUAACCCACAUUAGGACUGAUUGAAUAGACUAUUGUAUGUUUUUUUCUAUUUCUGACUUUCUGAAUGAAAACUGGGUACCCAUUUAAGAUGAGUUCAGAAGACUCUGAUACAAAUAACACUAGAAAGAACUGUUCCUUCAUAAUUAAUACUAGAGGUUCCUAGUGGGGGCAGUUUUGCACAUAGAACACAUUCAGCCAUGUCUACAGACAGUGGCCAUUGUCAUAUUGGGUGGGUGGGUAUCUGAUUGGUAGAGGUCAAUGAUGGUGCUAAACACUCUGCAGUGCUAAGAAUGCACUGGAACCAAGAAUUUCCUGGCUCCAAAUACCCCAUAGCACUGAAGUCGAAAAGCCUGAAUUGCAGUAUUUAUAAAGCCAUAUUGCCACAUGAGAAUGGUCAUGUUAGAAUCUAAGGAAAAGAACCAUUCUCAUGUAAAUCCAUCAAGCAGAUUUUCCUAGACUUUCUUAUCACUCAAUAUCUCCAAGAGGAGACAAUGAAGAGAAACACACAAAGGUUAGGGAGUCAACAAAUUAUGAGUGUGUCCAAAGGAAAAAUCUUGUUCAUGUAGCAGCUGAGUCAUUGUCUAUCUGGCUUUAAACUCACAAAAGAAGUUUCUUUUAAGAUAAAGGAAGAAAUUA